ACCAUUAUCUUUGCUUUGAACAUGGUUCUGCUUCCUCAGUCAUAAAUAGAUUGAGAGACGGAAAGAUCAACCUCCUUUUUGCCACACUACGCCGCAAACUCUCUCUCUCACUCUGAUGCUUUCCUUCAUUGCCUUGGCUCUUCUGGCUCACGCCUUACCAAUCGAAUGUGAAAAUCUACUUAAACAUAAAUUGAACAUAAUUAUCCUGGCCGGACAAAGCAACAUGGCCGGUCGUGGAGGUGUAGCCAACGAAACAUCGACCGGCAUUGGGACAUGGGACGGUGUUGUUCCUCCACAGUGCCAACCUAACCCUUCCAUCUUCCGGCUGAGUGCGGACCUGGCGUGGGUUAAAGCCCGUGAGCCAAUCCAUUCUGACAUUGACGCCAGGAAGACAGAUGGGGUUGGACCUGGGAUGUCUUUUGCCAAUGCGGUGCUGACCAAGGACCCCAACUUUGGGGUGGUGGGGUUGGUGCCUUGUGCGGUUGGAGGGACUACUAUAAGCCAAUGGCAGAAAGGGGAGUUUCUUUAUGAGCAGUUGGUGAAGAGAGCUGAGAUGGCGCAGCAGAGCGGAGGAGUUUAUAGAGCAAUGCUUUGGUAUCAAGGCGAGGCCGAUACAGUCAAUGAAGAAGAUGUUGAAUUGUAUAAAGGUAGAUUGAAGACAUUUUUCGACGAUUUACGUUCUGAUCUGCACGCACCUUUGCUCCCAAUAUUCCAGGUGAUUCUAGCAUCAGGAGAGGGACCUUAUAUUGAGGAAGUGAGAGAAGCCCAGUUAAAUAUAGGCCUGCCAAAUGUGAAAUGCGUGGACGCCAAGGGACUACCAUUGGAACCAGAUGACCUACAUCUUACCACUCAAGCCCAAGUGAGACUCGGGGAGAUGUUGGCUGAUGCAUACCUUCGGUUCAAGCCCAGGUCGUUGCAAAGUAACAAUGUCCCAACCCCUUGUUCUAAUUUUGUUCCUUUCUUUAUAAUAACUGCUCAAUUUCUCUGGAUCAUUCUCACUUUCUCAUAGGUAUGUGUAGAGAGAGGGUUUUAAAUAUUGGAGUGUUUCUCAUAGGUAUAAGAGUUUAAAAUUUUUUUUUAUAUAAAACAAAAUUGAAAGAUUUGAUGAUUAAAAUGAUUCUAACUUCAA